AGGUGACUCAGGCGACGCAUACGAAGCGAAGUACGUAGGCGCGACGCGGACCGCAGCAAAUACGAUGGCAAUACGGCCUCACUAUGGGAUGAACAUGACACCGCGGGCUCAGGUGGCCAUUACUUGCACAACGUCGGGUUUCGAUGUGUGCCGACGUCCGAAAAGUGACUGGUGACCGCCGCCUGGGCUGAGUUGGCCGACAACUUGCGAACAUUUUAAGCCGAAGCGCUUCACACUCUCCUCAGCAUUCGAAUAAUCAUCAAUCGGAGAGUCUAGUCAUAUCACGCUCGUGAAGCCAAACAUGAAGAUUGCCAUCAUUGGCGCGGGCAUCUCGGGGUGCACGGCAUACCUAUUGCUCAAGAAACAUCUCCCCAAACCCCUUGAUGCAGACGAUCACUCCAUUACCAUCUAUGAAGCCUACGAUACGAACCAGGACACCACUCACGUCGAACGUGGACAGGGCCCUACUCACUCCUCCACGCUCGUCGUCGGCGGAGGGCUAGGCGUUGGGGCCAAUGGACUCAACGUCAUCAAGCGCCUGGACGAGAAUCUCCUGCGUGACAUUGUCAGAGGCGGCUAUGUCGUUUCGACCAUGAUCAUGAAGAGCAAGACUGGCACCGUGCUGGCCAGGGUCCAGCCGUCAGGCGACUCGGAAUCCGACGAAGUCGCGCAGCGAAACAUGCACAUGGUGUCUAGCAGCCGCCACUCUCUCUGGAAAUGCCUGCGCGUGCGCAUCCCGGACGAGGCCAUCGUCAACAGGCGGAUCUCCGCCGUCGUCGCCAAUCCAAGCGGACAGAAUACGGUAAGCUUCGCAGACGGGGGCCCGUCGGUCGAGGCGGAUCUCGUCAUCGGCGCCGACGGCUUGAAGAGCACUGCAAAGCGUGCCUUGUUCCCCGAGGCCCAGGAAGAUCCGUUUCCGCCUCAUUACGAGGGCCUCGUCGGCGUGGGGGGCUUCAUUCCGGCCGCCCAAGUUCGAGAACACGUCGAGCGAGGGUCCAUGAACUUUGUGUUUGGGGGCAACGGGUUCUUUGGAUAUUUCUUCUCAGAAAGCACAGACGACUCGCCCCAUCGCGAUUCACCAUACCACGUCUCGGAGCCGAGCGACAGGCUCGCCUGGUGGUCCACCUACACCGCGGCAGAAGCCCCCACGCCGGGCACGCUGGACGGGCCCGCCGUCACCGCGCAGCUCCGGGCUCGUCUCCAGAGCUGGAAGGAUCCCGUCAUCCAGACGGUUCUGCAGUCGCUCACGGUGGAGAACAUGUAUCCCACGUGGACCGUCCCGCCGCUGCCGACAUGGGAGCGAGACGGCGUCGUGCUCGUCGGCGACGCCGCUCAUGCCCUGCCGCCGACAUCGGGCCAAGGCUCCUCGCAGGCCCUUGAGGACGUGGAAGCAUUCACGCUACUUCUCAGCCACCAUCUUCGCGAGGCGUACACGGCUGGGAAGCCUGGCACGUUGGAGAAGAAAGAGGUGAUCAAAUCGGCUGCCAAGCAGUACAUGGAGCUUCGCCUGCCUCGCGUAACGCAAAUGCUGAAGGACUCGAGAUCCAGGCAAGACUCCAAACGCGACAAAGGAAUCAUCGAAGAAUACAUCAUGUACGUCUUCAUGUGGACAAUGGGAUGCUUCCCGGGAGUGAUGGCCAAAUACAUGAACAAGGCUUUUACCUAUGAUGUUGCAGAGGAGGUCAAAAAGAUCCUUGGCAAGGGCAAUUGACCACGCAACGUACGCCGCAAGGACUGGUACGGACUACGGACCCCUGCAGAGUGGGAACGUAGGUUUCUGGGCAUGAAGAAAGUCGGUUCGACAUCGUACUAUCAGCAUGGUGUAUAAUUACAUGUUCGGGCCGCUCCGAGGCCAUGGUUCCCAGCUCCCAAAAUAGACUAAUUCUCCAGCGCGAUAUGUAUCCUCAUG